AUGUUGACCACUCCUUAUGUGACCUCACUUCAGGUAAAAUUUAUUCUGUAUGCAGAAGAAUGUCAUAAGAAAUUAUUGCUUGAGGAAGUAAUGGGUCAGAAAUUUUCUCAUGAAAGGGUUAAUAGUGAGCAUAUAUUAUAUGAUCAGUAUGAGCAGGAGGAAGAAAAACAUGAGAAAGUUGACGUGGAUUAUAUGGAUAAGGACAACACAAAUGUAGAACCAAUGUUCGAUUAUCACGGCUUCGAUGAAGGGUAUAACAUUGACUCACUCGAAGACAUUGGGAUCAUUGAAUUUUGGAACAUCAGGGACGAAGAUAUAUGCAAGGAUAAGAGGCUCAGUGCUUGGAAGAACAGGACUAGGAAGAGUCGUGCGGGCGUACUUAAGUUGAAGAAUUUUGUAUGUCAUCGUGAAGGAUUUAGACUGCAAAAUAAUUAUGGCAUUGGAAACUUUAAGAAAAAACCUACACCUGAGACAAGGUGUGGCUGCAGUGCAAUGAUGGAGAUUCGUCUAGAUGUACCUAGUGGUCAUUGGUUUAUUUCUUAUUUUUCUUAUGAACACAAUCAUCCACUUCUAGAUCCUUGA